AUGAAUGUUGACAAUUCAUCGUUGAAAAGAGAGUUUAUGAUGAAUAUUUCAGUGGCCAUUUAUGACAUUGAUGUUAUUGUUGGUGAUGACGUUGGCGUUAUGCUAAGUGACACUGUUAGAAAUUGGUUUAUUCUUAUUAACCAUGUCGCCAUUAGCACGCUGAUCUGUCUGUUUGGAGCGGUGGGCAACUGUCUCAGCUUUGCUGUUUUUCUUCGACAGGGACUGCGCAAGUCCAUGAAUUUGAGCUUGUUUUCCAUUUCCGUUUCCGACUUUCUCGGGCUGGUGUUGCAGAUAUGGCAUAAUUUCUGUUUGAACCCUUACGUGGGGCAGAUAGAAUCCCCGCUUGAUUUUAUGCAGAUACAGUACCUGACCGCUGGAUGGCCAAACGUGACGGCUGUGAGAAUCACUGGCUGGACCACGGCCUUCAUGACGCUAGAGAGAUGUCUUUCCAUUGCUAUUCCACUAAAGAUAAAACAGUUUAUUACAUUUAGGAGAUCAGUUUUCAUAAUUAUCAUGAUAUAUGUUUUGAAUGUCACAGCCUUAUCUCCUCUGUAUCUCUCAGCAUACUUUAGCUGGUAUAAUAGUCCUAGCUACAACCACACCAAACUCGGAGUCUCCUUCAGAGACAACAAGUUGGAGAUACAAGGGCUAGUCUUCAUCUUCCACGCCACCCUGUCCAUAACCUCCUUCAUCCUCGUCGUCAUAUUCACCGCCAUUUUGGUUCUCAAGCUGAAGCAGAAAUCAAAAUGGCGGAAGGAAGCGACGCACGAUAACAACCAGAACGAGGCCAUCUCUAGCCGCGAGAGGAAAACCGUUAUGCUGACUAUCGCGGUUGCCGUGGUUCUUAUCGUCUGCUACACACCGGCUGUCGUCGGCUCCAUCACGACGGCAAUCACGCCAGACUUUGCAAUCACCGGGAAACAAGCCAACGUCUUCCACGCAGUCUUUUCCUUCGCCUUUGUUCUGCAUUCUAUCAACUCCAGCAUCAACGUGGCGGUCUAUUACAAGAUGAGCUCCAGGUACAGGCAGACCUUUCAGAAACUCUUCUUGGCCAGAAGGAGGAAAAACGAUGACCAACUGGAAAAAAACAAUUCAUCGCUAAAGUUUUGA